GUAAAGCUUCAAUAAUCCAUGUAAAGUGUUUAUAUGGGCGGAGGCACGGUCGGCCUUCGAAAUACUGUUGCACCUGUCUUCAUAAGAAUUAAUCCUUGAUCAAGUGCAUUUACUAAGAAAAAAAUUUAAAAUUUAUCCCUCCACCCAGUGACGUGUUGUGAAAUGACUUUACACGCCAUUAAGUAAGAAUUUACAAGACUUGUAGCUUGUAAACAAAACAUAAUGGCUAAUAUUUAGUCUUAGUAAAAAAUGUCACACGCUAGUAGUGAUUUUAUGCUUUCUUCUGAAGAUAUGCCUGAAGCUGAAUCCUCUGGUACCUUGGAACAUGUUAAUAAGAAAAAAUUUUCUUCGGGGUCUCUAUCGGGAGACGUUACACGUCCUAAAGUAGUAACGGUGAAACAUCCAGAAUCUAAUAAACUGAAACCUACAGCCAAAAAGAAUAAACAACCUAUUCAAGCAGAUUUAGACGUGUCAAAGGAAUUUAUAAGAUGUAAAGAGGAGGGUUUGAAACGUUUGGAUUUAAGUAAAUCUAAUAUAACUCUACUACCACCUACUGUCCGCGAUUUACAUCAUUUAUCUGAACUGUACCUCUAUGGUAAUAAAAUAGUUUGUUUGCCAAAUGAAAUAGGCUGUUUAACGAGUCUACAAACGUUAGCUUUAAGUGAAAAUUCUUUGACUUCCUUACCAGAUUCUCUUGAAAAUCUGAGAUCACUGAAAGUAUUAGAUUUAAGACAUAAUAAGCUAAACGAUAUACCGGAUGUGGUAUACAAAUUAACAUCCCUUACUACUUUAUUCUUAAGAUUUAACAGAAUAAGAUAUGUAGGUGACGAAAUUAGGAAUUUAACAUCAUUAACAAUGUUGAGUCUACGAGAAAAUAAAAUAAAAGAAUUACCUCCUGGUAUUGGUUGUUUAGUACAUUUGUUAACAUUUGAUGUUUCUCAUAAUCACUUGGAACAUCUACCUGUGGAAAUAGGUGAAUGUUUGGAUUUAUCAACGUUAGAUUUGCAACAUAAUGAACUCCUAGAUAUACCAGAUACUAUUGGAGAACUACAUCAAUUGACAAGGCUAGGCUUAAGGUACAACAGGUUAUCUCAAAUCCCUCCAUCUUUGAGCAAUUGUAAACAUAUGGAUGAAUUUAAUGUUGAAGGAAAUGCCAUUUCACAAUUACCUGAAGGAUUGUUAUCAAGUUUAAGUGAACUAACUAGCAUCACACUAUCAAGAAAUAUUUUUUCUGCUUAUCCCUCAGGAGGUCCAUCUCAAUUUGUAAAUGUUGAUUCUGUUAACUUGGAACAUAACCAAAUCGACAAAAUUCCCUAUGGAAUAUUUUCGAGAGCCAAACAUUUGACAAAAUUGAAUAUGAAAGAGAAUCAAUUGACUUCUUUGCCUCUUGAUGUUGGAACAUGGACAAAUAUGGUUGAAUUAAAUUUAGGAACAAAUCAGUUGAGUAAAUUGCCUGAUGAUAUACAAUGUCUGCAGAGUUUAGAGGUACUUGUUCUUUCAAAUAAUCUUUUACGCAGAAUCCCUCCAAGCAUCGGCAACUUACGUAAACUCAGAGUUUUAGAUUUAGAAGAAAACCGCUUAGAACAGCUACCACAAGAAGUGGGGUAUUUGAAAGAUCUUCAAAGGCUCAUUGUCCAAUCAAAUCAGUUAACUUGCUUACCUAGAGCAAUCGGGCAUCUUAGUAAUCUUGUGUUUUUAAGUGCAGGUGAAAAUAAUUUAGCUUAUCUUCCAGAGGAGAUUGGUACCCUCGAAAAUUUGGAAUCAUUAUAUAUUAAUGAUAACCCAACAUUACACAACCUCCCUUUUGAAUUGGCUCUAUGUUCAAAUUUGGGAAUAAUGAGUAUAGAGAAUUGUCCCCUGUCUCAAAUUCCAGGAGAAAUAGUAGCCGGAGGACCUUCUUUGGUGAUACAGUAUUUGAAAAUGCAAGGCCCUUAUAGGGCUAUGUGAUGAUGCAAUUAGUUUUGCUUUAAUUUUCUUCUUUGUAGAGAAGACUCUUUGUGAUUCAAGACGACUGUUAUGAAAAUAGAACUUGGCGAGAUUUUUAUAAUACAAAUUUGCAACUAAUUUGAAAAAUAUGUAAUAUUUUUCCAAGGAUAAGUUUGUAUCAGGCAAUUAUUAUCAUUUAGAUGUUGAGAAAUUUCAUCGGGAUAAAUUAUGAUCACAAAUAAAGUAGAAAGUACUCUUUUAAGCAAAAUAAUAUUUUACUAACUUAUGUUAACAAUCUUCAUAAUUUAUUACUUAACAAUUAGUUGAAUUAGUUUCUCCCAGCUGACAAUUUUGUUGAAUUUCAUCUGUAUUACUGUCAAUUUCAUGUUUAAAAAGUGUCACUUAAAAAGGUUUAAAUAUUUUUAUUUGACUAUAUUCAGACCUCCCUAUUCACUGGAUACAUUCUCUUCCUAAAACAUGUUCUGGUACCUUAACUAUAUUCAUUUUUGUAUGGUUGUCAAUAACCAUUUUAAUCUUUGACCCUGUUCAUAGCAUUAAUUUACAAAGUAAUCUAGAAUUACGUACAUUAAUUUUUUGAAUUUAUAGUAUGUAUAGAAAUAAUGAUUUUGUUCCAUAUAAAACUGAAUAAUAAUGGAUAUACAACCCUUUCAAGGAGGGAAUUAUUGUUUUAAGUAUCUACCAAAAGGGACAUAUAAAAAUGACAGUGCAGAAUCGGCAAAAAUUGUUCAAGAUUUGUUGCUAAUUAGUUGCAAAAAGAACAAUUUUAUUAUGGCAUGGAUUAUUGCCUAAAAUUGGAAACAGAUUAAACCGAAUCAAUGUUAAUUAUUUGCUGUAAGACAUAACUGAAUUCAAUUAGAAAAAAUUUUUUUUGGAAAAUACAAAUUUGCAUCUGCCAUGUUCGCUUGAGUGUCGAUUUUCUUUGUGAAAAUUAGUAAAAUAACAUCACUUGUUAUCACCUGGCAGGGUUCCUAACUUAGAAGUUUUCCCCCCAAAUAGAAUCAACUUUUCUUUUAUUUAUCUAAUCGGGUAUAGUUAAUUGUGUUGUUUUAAUGUGGUCUUAAACUUUUGGCCGGCAGUGUACAUACAGUUUUAUUAAACUUUCCAAAUUGGUUGAUAUCUUUUAAAUAUCUCGCCGAGUUUCUAAAAUCCACUUUCCAUGUUUCUAUUCUCGAUGAAGUUAAACGGUUUUUCUUGUAAAGAAGAUUACUGGUUCGAAAAAAUACUCAUAAUUUGGAACAAAACGUUUGUCUACAAAUUUGAUAAUUUCAAGUUGAAAAUAUUUUUGUGUCAAAACGUUGAAUAAAACGAACUUACCGGUAGUCCUCUUUGGACAGCAGUAUUCUUAUUUAAACAGUGAUUUCCUAAGACAGAAACAUCUUGUAUGACUCAAAAAAUGUCAUUGUUAUAACCUAACUUGUAAAAAUAUUUUCGAAAGCUCCAAAGGUUCCCAAAGACUCGUUUAAACUAGAUCAAAUAAAUAUUUAUAACUAAAUGUUUUCUCUUCCCAUUUAUUUUUAUUCAGUGUUGCAUUUUCUCAGUGUAAGUCUACUUAUUUUAGAUUGUCUCUUAAUUUCAUGUAGCAUCCCCCCUUUCUAAUUCUUCCAUUUUCUCUAUUUUUGUACAUUAAUAAAACGAUUAGAGGAAAGUCUCCUAAUAUGGGGUAGUUUUUUUUUUCAAAAUACCCCAUAAUAAAAAAACAUGAUAGUUUUAAGCAUUAUUUCCAUAUUUCACGUUUCAUUGGAUAUACCAUCAAGCAUUUGAUAAGAAGUAACACGUUUUUAAAAAAAGCUGAUGCACAAGUAUGAUAAGCCACCUCACGACGAUCAUAUCUAUUUUAUGCUGAAAAAAUUAAUUCCCAGGUUUUAAAAAGUAAAUAAUUUUAUCACUUGGAGUCUGAGGUAUCAACAACGACAGUUGUUUUAUUGCUGUUUCAAUUAUCAAGGACAUCAGCAUAAUUACCAUCUUGUUUUGUUGGAUGCCUUCUUCUGUUACCUAUACACUAUUAUUAGAUGUUGGCGUUGGCUGCUGUGUGAACCAGAUCUCCUACAUUUCUCAGACCUGUCCACUCUCUCAUGUUCCUCAUCCAAGACAUUUGCUUUCUCCAGAUUCCUCCUUUACCAUCUAUCGUACCCUCAACUAUGAGUUAAAGAAGUUGGGCUUCUGAAAUUGUUUGUUUGUUUGGAAUACCAGCAGCUGUAGAUUCUUGAAAUAGCAUUGAAUUAGGCGAAUAUGAGUAUUUGCUAAAAAUUGUUGUAGAGUUGUUGGAUCUUUCAUAGAUCGAUCACAAACGAUAUUUUUCAGAAGUAGGAUUAUUGAUAUUUCGUUUAUAAUGGGGUAUUUAAAGUCUCCAUCAAUUUUCAGAUCUAUGGAUAAGUCAGAUGUCUAUUUUGACUGGACAAUAAACCAACGUAAAGUUUAGUACACUAAAAAUCAUUUCUAUAAAUCUUUGCCUUUAUAGUACUAACUGUCCGCCAUUAACUAGCGUUUACAUUAAAUAUAAUGCAUAGUGAAACAGUAGUUCAUGGAGAGUCAUUGAAAAAACGAUUUUUUUUGUCUAAUUUUGCUCAACCAAUGAAAGUAAAUUGUUUGGUGUGACAAUUGUAACAAGGCUGUGCCAUAUUGAAUCGAACAAAACAGUUUCUCAAGAUGUUUCUGUUUUAUAUAUUUCAUAUUGUUUUUUUUUCAAACUACAUUAUGUAUAUUUAUCGAUAAUCGCUAUCUGAGGAAAAAAUAUUAGAUCUAGAUGUUGAAUCAAUUUGAACUAUGUGUCUGCUUUAAUUUUUCCAAGCCAAAUUUUACCAAUAUAAAUUCAAUGAGGAACUAAUGCGCACAAAAAUUUUAUCUUCCUCAAUUUUUUUCUUUAAAAACAGUUGGUAUCAGUAAACAUCCGUUUUAUUAUAUUUAAAUUCAAUUUAAUCGUUGGAAUUUCUAAGUUGGAACACACAGUUUAUACCACCACUAAACCAACACUCACAAUUACACUGUUUGACGACCGUUUCGAUAACCAAGUUAUCGUCUUCAGAGACUGAAGGUAAACCGAAUGUUGGUGUAGUGGUUGUGUGAACAUUGUGUUCAGUAUAUGCGUUGUAGUUUAUGAUGACACAGUAUGAGUCUUCAUGUGAACUACACGAUCAACAGGAACAGUAACUGUGAUGAUUUUAGUACAUUUUACUGUACCACACUACUAAAUCACUGGGAAUCCAAAAUGUCAUUGAUUUUUUGGUAUAAAUGAAAUAAAAUAGAUUUCAAACUUGCAGGAAACUAUUAUAGCAUCUGUUUAGUUGGAUCCUGGUUCAUUUUUAAAUUUUUUUAUUAUUGUUAUAGUGUUAAAAAGGUUUAAUUUUGUGAUUAUAAAUUAAUUUGGAUUACUUGAAGAGAUGCAAACUAACCUUGCUAUUUACCCCAAAGAGGUGUAUAAAUAUUUGGAAGGUUAGGGAUAUCAUACAUGACGAAAUCAUUAAAAAAUAUAAUAAGGCUGUGUUUAUUGAAAGCGACUUAUUGUAAAAAAAAUAAUUUCUAGUCUAGUAUUCUCAUAUCAUGUGAAUGAAUCUAAAAAUUUUUAGAUAAUUAGAGAAAAUGACUUCCAUUUGUGGAGAUCGACAUGAUACUAGAGAGAAUAGUUAUUUGGAAUUGUCGAAAUAUAAAAGCAUACACAGAAAAUUAAAUAAAUUUUUCCUUCCUAAAGAAUCACACUACGAAACAUUAUUUUUAUAUAGUUUGACGAAAUAAUUACCUCAUUAACCCUUCAGUUGUAACUUGACUAGAUCUGGUAUCAGUAGUAACUUAGGUAUCUGAGUCCGCAUUUAAAAAAAGUUUUUACUGACACAUAUUGUAAAUAAUUCCAAAAUACAAGGAAGGAAUUAAUAUUUAAAGGUGUUUGUAACUGUCAUGAAAUGAUGCCAAAACAAAAAUGAAAGAAUGUCUUUUGUGUCAUUUUUGAAAUUGAAGAGUUGUUGAAGUAGUCCGAUGUGCAAUAUUUGUUUUUGGUUUGUAAUAAAAUUGUACAAAAACAGAACAAAUUCGCAGCUCAUAAUACCUAAUAAUGUACAGAUUUUCAAUCAGGGGAUGAAACAUAAUUAUACUAACCAAAAACAACUAUGAUUUAUAAAAUUGUUAACUGUAUGAAAAAAAAUUAGAGUUAAAUCUCUAGACGUUUGUUAUUAAAAAAAGUUGAAAAUUUAUUUUAAUUUUUUAAAAAUUUGACAAUUCCAUACAAAAAGCUGUUUAUUGUGGUUGUCAUUGUUGCAUGAGAUACAUACCUGUUAGUUUGCAAAAAUGCUAAUAAAAAAUAUUUUAUGUGA